AUCAACAGAGAGUUUUAUUUCCUUAAGACUGCGGUCCAUUGUAAAUAGGUGCGAAUUGUUCUCACUACAUCUAGUUUGUGUAGCUGUUUUCCUCUAUCAUUUACUGGGUUUGGACACAGGGAUGGUAAGUGUUAUGUAUUGACUGUUAAUGUAAUGCCAGUAGAUGGCGCUGUUACAUCUUAAACUGAGAUGUGUCACUCUGCUCUGCUGAUUAUUGUUUCCCAAGUAUCUGCCUCUCUAUCUCUCUUUUCUCCUAACUUGUUGGCAGUUCAGCCAUGCUUUCCUCCCUAGUAAAGUUUGUUCUACUCCCAGCUACUGUGAACGUUUUGUGUACUACUACAGGGUCCAGAACUUAAUACUGGCGACGUGGAUUGGGAUAUAAACCAUAAAAAAUCUACAACUACAAGAUUCCAGUGAGUAAAAGGGAACUUAAGAGACUUUAUUAUUUCCAUAAUGGUGUCCCUGGGCCACAUAGAGGAGUUUGAUAUUGCCGGGCCAUCCUCAUGGGAUUCCUAUGCAGAGAGACUACAGUUCUUUCUAGAAGCAAAUAAGGUGACAGACCCUGUGCAGAAAUGUGCAGUUCUGCUGAGUGUUAUAGGCUCAAAGACUUAUGAGAUUGUUCGCUCUCUGGUAUCCCCCACUAAACCCAGUGACUGCUCAUUUGAGGAAAUUAUUAAGCAGCUUAAAAAUAAUUUUGCACCCACAACAUCUGAAACUGUUAAGAGGUUCCACUUUAACAGACGCAGCCAGCAGUCAGGUGAGAGUAUUGCUGCCUAUAUAGCAGAGCUGCGCAGUUUGGCAGAAAACUGCAAUUUUGGCAGCAGCUUGGAAUCCUUGCUAAGGGAUCGUCUUGUGUGUGGGGUCAGGGAUGCAGCACUGCAAAGAAGGCUUCUAGCAAAGCACAACCUAACCUUUGCUUUGGCCCAGGAGGAAGCACUUGCUUAUGAGGCUGCAUCUGCACAUUCCAAAGAGAUACAGGCCUCUGCCAGUUCAGUUAUUGCACCAGAGCUGCAUCAAGUGUAUAAAAUGCCAGCAUCAGCACAGGUAUCAGAUCCAGUAAAAUUAAGGUGCCACAGUUGUGGGGGAGGUCACCUGCAUGGAAACUGUAAAUUCCAAAAUGCUGUGUGUCACAAAUGCAAGCGCCGCGGCCACAUACAGAGAGUCUGCCGCCAAGUUGAUAAUUCACAGAGACACAAGCAAGCCAGAGGAACUCCAUCUGGGGAUGCAACACAUAUAGUAAAAAUCCAAAAUGACACUACCGAGAAGGAGGCAGAAACAGAUAUUUAUGUCUCAGAAAUUAUAAAUAGUGUUGAAAAUGAGCCAAUGCACAAAAAGAAAUUCACUGAUGUAAUACUACAAGGAUCUAAAUGUACAAUGGAGGUAGAUACAGGCUGUGUCUAUUCCUUAAUUUCAGAGGAAACUUUCCAUGCAUUAUGGCCCACUAAUGGCCCCCCUAUUUUACCAUGUGAAGUUAGAUUUGUGGAUUACAAUAAAAAGCCUGUGGAUGUUGUGGGCGCCUGCUUUGUUAAAGUCCACUAUAGAAAAGACAGAGGAAAACUACGCCUCAUUAUUACAAAAGGACACAGAGCAAGCUUAUUAGGAGUAGAAUGGUUUGAGCCCCUAGGAAUUCAAUUAACUGGAGUAAAUUAUGCAACGACAGACUCUUUGCAAAGUGUCCUCAAAGACUUUAGCAGUGUAUUUGAAGAAGGCCUUGGCAAAUUUAAGGGCUCACCAAUAUCAUUCCUGCUGGAUCCCAAAGUUGCCCCAAUACGCAUGAAGCCACGACCUGUACCAUUUGCUCUCCGUCCAAAAAUAGAUGCCGAAAUAGAUCGCUUGGUGCAACAAGGAGCGCUAAUUCCAGUAACGGCCACCCCAAUAGUGCCUGUACUGAAGCCAAAUGGAGAAGUGAGGAUAUGUGCUGACUACAAAUGUACAAUCAACAAGGCAUUACAGGAACAUCCAUAUCAAAUUCCUGCUGUCAAUCAGAUUCUCAGCACCUUGGCUAAAGGAAAGUUAUUUGCCAAACUUGAUUUGGCUCAAGCAUACCAGCAGUUACCGGUGGAUGAUGCAGCUGCUGAUGCACAAACAAUUAUCACACAAAAAGGACCAUUUAAAGCUACACGGUUGCAAUUUGGAGUUUGCAUUGCACCAGGUGUGUUGCCAGGGGUGGUGCCAUAUUUUGAUGAUGUCCUCAUUGGAGCAGACUCUAUGGAAUCAUUAACUGAAAGGGUAAGAGCAGUAUUACAGCGAUUUGCAGAUGCUGGGUUAAAACUUAAGAAAGAAAAAUGUGUUUUAGGAGUACCAAGUGUUGAUUUCCUGGGAUACAAAGUUGAUGCAAAUGGAAUACAUCCAACAAAUGCAAAAGUAAAAGCCAUUCAUGAAGCUCCAGUUCCCAAAAAUAAACAGGAGCUGCAAGCAUUUCUCGGACUUUUAAAUUUCUACCAUUCCUUCUUGAAAGACAAAGCUACUGUGGCUGAGCCACUACACAGACUACUGGACAAAAAUUCUACCUGGAAGUGGUCAGCCCUGCAUGAGCAGUCUUUCAAGGAUGCAAAGAGACUUUUAUCAUCAGACAGUGUGCUAGUACAUUAUGAUUUGCAUAAACCUCUUAACCUCACAUGUGAUGCUUCUCCUUAUGGAAUAGGGGCUGUUUUAAGUCAUACUGUAAGUGGUGGUCGUGAGGCUCCCAUUGCAUUCUAUUCACAGACCAUGAGUACCACAGAGAGGAAUCAUGCUCAGAUUGAUAAGGAAGCUUUAGCCAUUGUGGCAGGGGUAAAGAAAUUCCACGAGUACUUGUAUGGCAGAAGUUUUGCUAUAAUUACUGAUCACAAGCCAUUAUUGGGUCUGUUUAAAAAUAAUGGGCCUACUGCGCAGAUACUUUCUCCACUCAUGCUGAGAUGGUGUUUAUUGCUAAAUGCAUAUGACUAUGAGUUGCAGUACCGCCCAGGAAAAGAAAUAAGUAAUGCAGAUGCUUUAAGCCGUUUACCUGUAAACACUCCUGAUUUUCAAGUACCGGCCUUGUCUGAGGUCCUCAUGCUAGAGUCAUUACCUAGUCCCCCUCUGCAGGCAUCAGAUAUUGCCCGAAUGACAGCUACUGACCCAGUAUUGUCUCGAGUGUUGAACUGGGUAUGGAGGGGGUGGCCAAAAAUAAGUUUAAAGGAGGAGUUCACACCUUUUGAGAAACGCCAGCAUGAACUCUCUGCAUACAAAGGUUGCCUUUUGUGGGGAAAUAGAGUGGUAAUUCCCAAAGCAGGGCAAAACCAUGUUCUUAAAGCCCUACACGAGAGUCACCCAGGCAUUGUAAAUAUGAAAGCCCUUGCUAGAAGUUAUGUCUGGUGGCCUAAAAUGGAUGAAUGUAUUGAAAACUGUGUAAAAAGUUGUGUCCCUUGCCAGACCAACCGACAUGCUCCUGCUAAGGCCAGGGUACAUCCAUGGGAGGUGACGCGGAGCCCAUGGUCACGGCUUCAUAUCGAUUUUGCAGGGCCUUUUCAAGGUCAGACAUUCUUCCUUGUGGUUGAUUCCUUUUCCAAAUGGUUGGAAGUUGUUCCAGUGGCAUCUGCAACCACCCAUGCAGUCAUUCAAGUGUUGCGGAAGUUGUUUGUCACCCAUGGACUCCCAGACACUAUUGUAUCCGAUAACGGAGCACAGUUUACAUCAUCAGACUUCAGAGCAUUUAUGGAAAGUAACCUUAUUCGUCAUGUUACAACAGCACCAUUCCAUCCAUCCUCAAAUGGACAAGCUGAGCGCAUGGUCCAGACUACAAAGGAUGCAUUAAAAAGGAUAAUUGAUGGUGACUGGAAUUAUAGACUGGCAAAGUUUUUCUAUCUCUCUUUUCUCCUAACUUGUUGGCAGUUCAGCCAUGCUUUCCUCCCUAGUAAAGUUUGUUCUACUCCCAGCUACUGUGAACGUUUUGUGUACUACUACAGGGUCCAGAACUUAAUAGUAAGACUAGCUCCUGAUUGAUGCGAAAACUUGAAAACUACCUUUGGUAGUAACCCAGGUACUGUUCUGAGAACGACUUUAUCCUGAUGCAUAACUAACCAUGUUCCUUUGCAAGAGAGUGCCGCCAUUUCUGAUACCCUCUUUGCUGAGGUUAUUGCUAUCAGGAAUGCCACUUUUAGGGUUAACCAUUUAAUUUUACAAGAGUUUAUGGGCUCGAAAGUUGGUUUUUGUAGCGUGGAAAGUAGCAAUACCAAGUACAGUAAUAAAACUAAUGUCACUAGAUACUUAUGGAAUUCAAUUAAAUAUUUUUCUGUACAAGGAAUUGAACAAGUUAGGACAGGUAUAAGGGGAGGAGAUAUUCUAACUAAAUUACAUAGGAGAGAGGUAUAUUGGAUUCUAUACUUGCAGACGCGUUUGCCACUGGGAUGAAAUUUUGUAUUCAAUGUGAGUUAUGUAUAAUUAUAAUGUAUACAUUUUUAUAUUAUGAAUUUCAACUUUUAAAACUGUAUUUAACUGCUCAACCCCAGAACAUGGAAUAUGUAGUAUUGGAGAGACUAAGGGGUAAAUUUAUCAAAGAGUGAAGUUCCGCCACUAGAGUGAAAUUCCGCAGCUCUCAAUUAAUUUCUAUGGGAUUUUGAAAGGUGUAUUUAUCAAUGGGUGAAAGUGAAAGUUCACCCUUUGAUAAAUACGCCUAUAAAAAUCCCAUAGAAAUGAAUGGAGAGUGGCGGAAUUUCACUCUAGUGGCGGAACUUUAACUGAAUUGGCCAAUGGACUAGGUCCUAAUUGGUUAUUUAUGUGACAGAUGUACUGAAUUGUGAUUGGUUUUAACACUGGGUGGGUUUAUCUGAAACUGAGAAUAAAUCUCUAGAGAUAUGAGUCUCACUUGGGAUUGCCUAUGACUGUGCUUGGUAAGCAUGAAACACGUAAGGCUCCAUGUGGGGUUGUUCUGAUGUUUUAAUAUGAUGGAAUAAAACAUUUUUUAACCAAAGAGCAUGCUUAUGAAAGUUUUUGAAAAUUAAGAUAUACCUCGGUUUGGUCACUAGAGGUCUAUAGUAUGCCACAAAUUGACAUUUACUUUAUAUAGUUCUGUUCUGCUGAACCAACAACAUGGUGUGCACUGAUUCUACUUGCUGUAUAUAAGCAAGGAGGGAAUUACUGGCCUCUCUGGAUACCUUCUGUUCCUUGCAGUGUCCAAGGCUGAUAUGCUUCAGGUGAUUCCACUUGCAGCACAACAACGCACUGCAAGGAGGGAAAGUCACCAUAUGUUGGGAGACAGCUCAGCAUGUUCCCAUAACUCCAUGAAGGUAGGAAUCGAAAGCUAGAAAUCAAGUGAGAAAGAAAAAGCUGUACAGGGUAAAGAAAAAGCUGUACAGGCUUCAGCCUAUCCAAUCCCAAUGCAGCUUUACCGGGACUUAUCCUUAAAGAACCAAUGAGGGUACAGAGAAUAGUAAAUAGGAGAAAAAUAUUGCAUGCAGGAGCUGCGGUCUUAUUUUCUGAAGAUGGUAGCACGAUGAAAGCAGGGG